GAAAAAACCCGCCAAAUGGGCGAAGAAUGCCUGGGCAUGGCAAUGGUCUUCAGCAUGGCAUCGGAUCUCAAGGAGGCGGCGAUGCAGAGGCUUAUUGAGAAAUCCGUGGAGCUGCGGAGACUCAAGGAGGAGCGUAUCCAGAGGGAGAUUGAGGCAGAUCAGCUCAAGUUUAUUGGAACUCCAGUGACCCGGGCGACGUUUCUUGAGUGGAGGAUUCGCUUUGAUCGGGAGAUGAAGGACCAUGCCGCGAGGCUGCGGGGGAGGCUGAGAGAUACCAGCAAGCUUACGGGCCGCCAGCUGUUCGAACAGGAUAAAUCUCUGGCCCUGUCUGACUCUCGCUUUAUCUCCGAGGGUGACGUGUCUGUUGAUGCUGCCACUUUUGUCAAGGAGGAGAAUGUGGCUGGCCUGGCCAGCGAAUGA